AUGCCUAAACUGGCGCAUUUUAUCGACGGUAUUUUGGCUACACCUUUUCAACCAAAACCUCAAUCACCUACCGUUGAUCUAGAUUUCAUUGUGGAUCUCGAUUUUCAGCCCAUUACUCCUAUUGAACUAACCAAUAUGAUUGAGGCAACAACUACCCCUGAACAUAUACCAAAAGAACAACCUGAUCUAGACACAGACACCCUCUUUGAAACCAUCAAGUCCGAGUUCAACACUGACAGCAAGCUAUGGACCUUUAUAUAUCGCGGACCUCCUCCAGUUUUCACUAAAGAUACUCAUGUUAACGCGUUGAUUACACAUCAUACCGAUCAUUAUCAUUUUGUUUUUCAAUCCUCUCCCACUAACCGUAAUCGGUCGUUACAACGGUUGCUUAAAGCUUGCUCCAUACCAGAUUCCUUCACGUUUGAUAUACUCACCACCAUUCAACCAGUCAUCGACUGA